AUGGGAGAUUCCCAGAUGGUCACGCAACUGGAACCAGUGGUCUUCAAGGACGUGGCCAUGUACUUCACGCAGAAGGAGUGGCAGCUGCUGAAGCCUGCUCAGAAGGACCUGUACAAGGAUGUGAUGCUGGAGAACUAUGGGCAUCUGUCUUCCCUGGAGCAUCAUCGUAUUCAUCAGGAGGAGAAGGCCUACCAGUGUAAAGAAUGUGGGAAGAACUUCCGAAAUGGCUCCCACCUUUCAGAGCACAAGAGAAUGCAUCUGCCAGGAACCCGAGAGGACUGCCAAGAAUGUGGGAAGGCCUUCACCAGCAAGGUGGCCCUUCUCAAGCAUCAGAAAAGCCAUGAAAUCAGCCUGAGGCAAAAGCACAGCGGCCACCCGUCCCUUCUGCGCAUGCGGCUGGUCCCGGAGGCGUUCCCAGCUCCUGAGAGGACGCGCCAGUUCUGGGCCUCGUGGUUGGGCGCGGCCGCCGCCAGGGCGCAUGCAGAGAGCCGCCAGGGCGCGUGCGCGGAGCCGCCAGCGCGCAUGCCAGGGCCGGCGGCGCGAGGUGAGCUCCGGCGGGCGCUGCGGUGGGGGUGCGCCCCUCAGAGCGCGGGGCCCGGGGGCGGCGCGGGCUGCAGCCUCGGGGCGGGGCACACGGCGGGGCCGGGAGGGGAAGGGGCGCCCCGGGCGGGCGUGGGGCGGCUGCGCAUUUGGUGUCCUCUGUGGGCGCCUCCUCGGAGGGACGGAGGGGAGGCUGUGAGCCACGUCCACGAGCACUGUCGGCAGUGGCUGCAGCUGGAGACCCACACCACGGAGAAGAUGCUGGAGCAGCUGGUGCUGGAGCGGUUUCUGAACACAGUGCCAGAGGAAGUCCAGAUACGGUUUCUUCGCACAGACUCUGUCCUUGCAGAAAACAGGGACGUCAAAGAAGAAAGGAUACUUGAUAAUUUGCCAUCUGCUGGAUUCCAGUUAGGAGAGUUUCUGGUGUUUUAGGAGUUGGUGACAUUCAAGGAUGUGGUUGUGGGCUUAAGCCCAGAGGAAUUAAGCUACCUUAGUCCUGCUCAAAGGAGACUCUACCAGGAAGUGACGUUGGAUAAUAACAGGAACCUGGUCUCCCUGGGGUAUCAAUUCUCUAAACCGGACAUUAUCUCACAGCUGGAAGAGGAGGAGUCACGUGUGAUGGAGGAAGGCAUCGGUACAAUGAAAUUUCAAGGUGAGUAAAGGGACAAGCCCAGGGAGAUGGGAAAUCGACAUGAGGACAACCAGGAGAAACUUUUGGGUUCUGGAACAAUGAGUGACCCCCAGAUCUUCACUCAGGAAGGAAGCCAUAGUGUGAGCGCAUAUAUUACUAAACAAUCAGAGCUCCCUCAAGGAAAAGAUCCCCAGGAAUGUGCUUCUCCUGGAAUUGGCACCAGUCCCCAGCCACUGAGCAAAGAACCUUUCCACCAAAAGAACAACAAAUGUGAAUUUUGCAAAAGCACAUUUAGUACCCAGAUGGACCUUGACAGACAUGAGCAGAUCCAUAUUAGGAAGAAACCCUUUGGAUGUGAACAAUGUGGGAAAGCGUUCUACCUCAUGCCACACCUCACCAGGCAUCAGAGGAUGCAUUCCGAUGAGAAUCCCUGUGGAUGCAAUGAAAAUGGAGAGUCCUUCCGCCAGAGAGCAGAUCUCUGUGGACCUGCCAGAAUUCCAGGUCAGGAGGACUACUAUGAAUGUAUUCAGUGUGGUAAAGCUUUUAUCCAAGAUGUACGUCUUUUUCAACAUCUCAAAGCCCAUGAAGCAGCAAAAGCUCUUCCACCUGGGUUGCCCCGCAACAAAACAUAUUUAAUUCGCUGUCAGCAGAAACAUAAGGAUGUCAGAGAGAAAGCUUAUCAGUGUUGUGAUUGUGGCAGAGCCUUCAGUCGGAGUUCACAUCUCAUUCAACAUUAUCAAAUUCAUGCGCAAGAAAGGCCUUACCAGUGUCAGCUGUGUGGGAAAUGUUCCAGCCGACUCUCAUGCCUCACUCAGCAUUAUCAACUGCAUUCUCAAGAGAAACCCGUUGAGGACCAUUACUGUUGA